AUUACUUAGGGUCAGCUGUUGACCGGUUAUCAGUUCGCCCAAUUAGAUACGUGGAUUUGCUGAGAAUAGUUAAAUUCUGAUUUUAUCCAUUGUUAACAUUUUAACAAUUUUACUUGAUUUAAACAUUUUGCAUUUAAUUACCUCAGUAUUUGUGUAAUCAAAAUAUUCCUUGUGUAAAAUGUCGACAGCAAAUUUACAAAGAGAUGAACUCUUAUUGCUUUUUGAUGUGGAUGGUACACUGACCUUUCCACGCACCAGUAUUCAAACAGAAUUUGAAGCAUUUCUUUACUCAAAGGUGAAGCCACGGGCGAAUAUUGCAACUGUUGGCGGUUCUGAUUUGGAAAAAAUGUUUGAACAGUUGAACGGAAAAAAAAUACUUGAGGAAUUUGAUUUUCUCUUCCCUGAAAAUGGCUUGGUGCAAAUUGAUCAUGGGAAAGAAGCUGGAAAACAAAACAUAAUACAACACCUUGGGGAACCCAUUUUGAAAAGCUUUAUUAAUUUUGUACUGCAUUAUUUGUCUGAAUUGGAUUUGCCAAUUAAGCGUGGCACCUUUAUAGAAUUUCGAAAUGGUAUGCUGAAUGUUUGUCCAAUGGGUAGACAAUGUACGCGUUCGGAGCGUAACAUGUUCGUUGAAUACGAGAAAAAACAUACAGUUCGUGAAGAUAUGAUUAAAAUACUUCAAAAAGAAUUUGCUGAUGUCGAUCUACAAUACAGUAUUGGUGGCCAAAUCAGCUUUGAUGUGUUUCCAAAAGGUUGGGAUAAAACAUAUUCCUUGCGAUACAUUGAAGCCAACUACAAAUUUAAAGAAAUACACUUUUUUGGUGAUAAGACUGAACCCGGUGGCAAUGAUUACGAAAUUUUCAUUGACCCACGCGUGAUAUCGCAUAAAGUCGCUACGCCUGAUGACACGCGUCGUAUACUUACAGAAUUGUUGCAAAUAUCCAAUCCUUAAAAUGCAUUUUAUUAAUGUUUUCCGUUGCUUGCUUCUUCUAACAUUUAAUAAUUAUCGUGUAAUAAAUAUAUAGCAAAGUAUUUUUCUAGAUGACUUACAAAGACGAGAAUCUAU